UGAAGGAAGAGAAGCCUUGAAGAAGAGGAAAUGAGAGAAUCAUGAAGCAGGAGGAUCCUGGGCAGAGAAUCCCUGCUAUGAGGCUGCUGCUGAAAAGAGAGGCUGCCGCUGUGCUGCAUCUGAGCUAGAGGCGUUGACUCUCUGUCACACAUGGAAUAUUCUGAGCAUGUCUCUGCCUGGAAGAAAGACUGACUGCAGCAAAUCCAUUUCCUUUGAAAGCAUCUCCUCUGGAAGGAUGUACACCACUGAUGAUUUCAGGAAAUGGCUGGAAAGGCCGGCCCUAAGAAAGCAGCGUGGAAGUGAGCAGCAGCGCGGUGUCUGAGGGUGUUGCAAACGCGUUUUUUUUCACCGAUGCCACUGUUGUUUGCUCUCCUUCUCCAGAGGAGAAGGAGGAAUUAGUCUGAGCCGGACGCGCACCGCUGGAAGACCCCGAUGAAAUCAGAAAACCUCCUCUUGUUACAAAAGUUCAUGAAGCAGCUAAUUGGAACAGAGGUACAGCUGGGACGCUCAGCUUCCUUCAGAGAGUAGCAAGCUCCUUUUGUGCAUUUCUGUGCCAGCUCUCUACGAUGUACUGAUUGUGGAAACCUGAAAUAAAAUAUCCUGUGACUGACAAGGUGACAACACCACCACAAGAUUCUUCAGUGUAUAGUCUUGGACGCAGCGUGCUGAUUGGAAUCAUCUUGUUCAAAGAUCGGAAAGGCCAAGCGGUGAAGGCAAGGAGCCAUGGCCGAGGAUAGGAAAGACGAAGCCAAGGCACCGCACUGGACUUCAGGUCAGCUAACAGAGGCUUCUUCACACCCGCAUUCGCCUGAAAUCAAGGAUCAGGGUGGCGCAAGCGCCGGACUGGUCAGAAGUGCCAAUGGAUUUCCGUACCGAGAGGAUGAGGAGCUGAGGCUGGGCAGCCAUGAGCAGCCAGGGACGUACGCUCAGACCAAAGAGAACGGGAUCAACGGAGAGUUGUCGUCAGGGAACAGGGAGACCGCAGAAGAAGUGUCUGCGAGGAUAGUACAAGUAGUAACAGCUGAAGCUGUAGCGGUCCUGAAAGGUGAACAGGAAAAAGAAGCCCAGCACAAAGAUCAGCCUGGAUCACUACCUUUAGCAGUUGAAGAGUCAGCCAACCUGCCUCCUUCCCCACCUCCCUCACCAGCUUCUGAGCAGACCGGAGUUCUGGAGGAAGGGGCGGAGGAUGAGGUGGGGCUGCCACAGCACUGCCCGGGCAGGGAGUGGCGUAGGCACCUGGCCCCCUCCAUUUCAGUGUCUGUGCCCCAGGAGGAGCCCUGCAAUUCGGAUGAGGAGUACUAUGAACACCCUUUGUUCAGCUCGGAGUGGGCUGGCUCUAGUACACACCCCAGUGCCACAGUGAAGAGCACAGAGGUCUUGUUGGGCCAUGAUGAAGAGGAAGAACCAGUAAAGAGUCCGAUGGCUGUGGAAGUGAAACCUGCUGCUCUUCCUGGGAAGCAAGUGGGGAAAGAGCACAGGCCUCUUCAGCCCUGGGACCAGGCAAAGGGCCUCUGUGAGGGUCAGUUGGAUUCUGGUUCAGUGUGUCAUGAAGACAAAGUGCCAAGUGUGGCAUCCAGCAGGGACAGUGGGACCUUUGUGGCGGGAGCACUCCUGAAAGACACACCCCCUUCCUUGGCUGAGGAAGCCACGAAGAUGAAAUUCCGUGUCCAGGAGGGCACAUGCCCUUUUGCAGCAGAACCAUUAGACACAAAGCAACGUGAAUCUGGGAAAGACAGUAAGACUGUUGAGCAACCUAAAUAUGAUGCCUUAGUUCCACAGUCAGCAAAAACAGAGGCUGCAGAUAAAAAGGAUUCAGAGGGCAAAGAAAAAGAAAAAAUGCUUUCAGCUCCAUCAGAAUGGAUCUUGCAAACUGAUUCACAGAAGAAAGGGGAAGCCAGUUUUGCAGAACCUGCUGCUCCUCAAGAACAAGAGCACUUGUCAUCUCAACUGCCUGAAGAGAGCAGGGUGGAAGAAAGGACUGCAGGUGUGCCCUCAUCAACCGACCAAGUUAUGGCUAGCAAAUCUCAAGACAAGCUCAAAGACACCCAAGGUGGUGCCAUCAGCCAUGGUGAGAGUUCUCCAUUGCUACUAGAACCUAAGGCAGAAGCAGCCAAAAGUGAACUUCCUUCAGGCCCAUCUCCUGCUCUCCCCCAGGAGCUUUCACUCAAAACCAGUUUCAAAACACAUCAGGAACCUGCUGACAAACUGUUUGCCAAAGAUCUCAGUAAAGAUGAACAGAUCCACCGAGACAGGACAUUUUCUCUACCAGAUGUCUCAGCCCUAACUGUAGAUGGAUUGAAAACUCCAAGCACCCCCAAAAUCCCUCCAUGGGGAGAGGAAAAGGACAUGACUAAGGAUGAGAGCGAUGAGGAAGAAAGGUAUGACUUCUAUGACAAAGGGGAGGCUCAAAUAUUAGAUGACAGUAAAAUUACCACAAAACCAGAAGUUAAGACACUUUCCCUGGACAAAACAGACUUUCAUAAGGAUGGUGAAGCUAAAAAGUUACCUGAUACUCUCAAAGCAGAAAAAGAAACAGACCCAAGUGGGCUCGCAGCAGCAGCAGCAGAUGUGAAAAGGGAGGCACAGCAAAGCACACAGGUACCCCCAGCUAAGUUAAGCCAUGAACUGACCCCUGAGAAAACAACAGAGCACCUUGAUACCGCUCAGUUAGCCAGAGCAACAGAGAAAGCCCCCGAGGCACCAAGUGUAACCGCUGAGAAGACCCCUAUUCUUGAAGCUUCUCCAAAGAAAGAUGUUAAAAAAGAUACUGAAGAGGCUAAGACAAGUGUUUCAGCUCCUCAUCAAACGAAAGAAGAGGAGGACCAGUCAGGAAUGUCGAAGUAUUUUGAAACUUCUGCUCUGAAAGAGGAAGCCUUCAAAGCAGAUGGUCUGAAACAAAGCAGUGAUUACUAUGAGCUAAGUGACACUAAAGAGAGUAAAUAUGAGCCUUAUCAGAGAGGUCGUCUAAUACCUGAAGAUGAAGAGGAGGAGGAAGAGGAAGAAUUACAGACAGAAUUGAAUCAGCAGCAGAAUGUGCAUACUCGUGAAAUGGGGUACAGUACUCUGGCUCAGAGCUAUACACCAGACACAUCUGAAGAACCCAGUUCUCCAACAGAGAGAAUGUUCACUAUUGACCCCAAAGUCUAUGGGGAUAAGAGAGAACUUCAUAGUAAAAAUAAAGAUGACCUAACUCUGAGCAGGAGCUUGGGACUUGGGGGGAGAUCUGCAAUUGAACAGAGAAGUAUGUCUAUUAACUUGCCCAUGUCCUGUCUGGACUCAAUAGCCCUAGGAUUUAGUUUUGGUCGUGCACAUGAUCUUUCUCCCCUCGCUUCAGAUAUUCUAACUAACACCAGUGGAAGUAUGGAUGAAGGCGAUGACUACUUGCCAGCAACCACACCAGCCCUGGAGAAGGCCCCCUGCUUCCCCAUUGAAAGUAGAGAGGAAGAUGAGCAAAUAGAAGAAGAAAAAGUAACGGUAGAAGAAAAAGUCCAGCCUGAGACCUUGGCUGAACCAUCUUUCCAGGCCAAAGAUUACUACAAAAAUGGGGCUGUCCUGGCACCUGACCUGCCUGAAAUGUUAGAUUUGGCAGGGACGAGAUCUAGAUUAGCCUCUGUGAGUGCAGAUGCUGAGGUAGCACAGAAGAAGGCAGUUCCUUCUGACACUGUUGUGGAAGACAGCAGCACAGCCCUGCCACCUGUGACAAAUGAAAACCAUGUCAUUCUAAAAGCUGAAAGUCAGCUGGAAGACUUGGGCUACUGUGUUUUCAAUAAGUACACAGUACCACUCCCUUCUCCAGUUCAGGACAGUGAGAAUUUAACAAGUGAAACCUGUCCCUUCUACGAAGGCACAGAUGAAAAACUGAGACGUGGCCUCGCUCCUGACUUGUCUUUAAUAGAAGUGAAGCUGGCAGCUGCUGAAAAAUCAAAAGAAAACUUCCUCGGUGAGAAAGACUUAAGUCAGCAUGGUGAGUCCAUUCUGGGGAGGGACUUUGAGGAGGCGAAAAAAGAGAAACUGGAUACUGUGCUAGAAAAAAGUGAAGAUCAAGUUGACUCUAAAGAGGCCUGUCCCAUUAAAGGAUCAGAACCAGAGAAGACAAGAGCUGAGGCAAUGUUAGAAAGGAAAGAAGAAAGUGUCGCUAGUAAAGUUCAUUUACCUGCUGAUACAAUGUAUGACAGAAUUUCUGCUUCAGAGAUAUCAAUAGAAAAGGAUUCUGUUUGUUUGUUGAUGGAGAAGGAGAAGACUCUUAGUGUUGUUCCUGAAAUAGCUGAGGUGGAAGCUCCAGUUAAACCAGAUUACAAUGCUAUUAAGCACGAUAUGGAGGUAGCUGCAAGGAGAGCUGACCAAGAAUAUCAGAGUAAGUUAGACGCUAAGAUUAGUGAGGUUGUUUCUCUUAAAAGAGCAGAGCCUGAAUCCAAAGACACUCAGCAGAAAGAGGAGACCAUCUUCUCCAGAGAAGCAAAGGAUGCCGAUGUACUUUCCAAGACUGAGCCUGGUUAUGUGAAGGACAGCACCAAACUGUCGGAAACAGAAAUUAAGGAAAAAGUAACUAAGCCAGAUCUGGUACAUCAAGAGGCAGUUGAUAAGGAGGAAUCUUAUGAAUCGAGUGGAGAGCAUGAUCAAGCCCAAGAAAGUUUGAAUGGAGAGUCUGUGAAACCAGAGGAUAUCAAAGCAGAGCAUCCCAAACCUCCUGUGUCUGGGGAAGAGCUGCCUCCACAGUUACCAGCAAAGGAGACUUCUGUGGAGCUUCUCUUGCCAAAAGCUGAGCCUCUCCAGGAGGAGCCUGCUGAGAUUCAGAUGGAGAGCAUACCACAAUUUGUAGAAGGAGCUGAAGAGAUUGUUGAUAGAGCUGUGAAACCCAUGGAAACCCAAAAGCUGCUGCCAUGUGAACUGGCAGCUGGGGCCCCAAAAGGGGAAGAAUAUGAGGAAGAAGAGGUGGAAGCAGGGCAAGAAGCAAAAGAAGAGGAUAAACAGCAUCUUGUAUCAGAAAUGCACCCAGAGUUUGGCAAGCCUGCUGCAGAAGAAAUGGGAGCCAAGGGUAGCCCAGAAGCAAUGCCUGAACUGAAAGGCAUUAUUGAAUCAGUGGUGACAGUGGAGGACGACUUUAUCACAGUGGUGCAGACAACAGUUGAUGAGGGCGAAUCUGCUUCUCACAGUGUGCGCUUUGCUGCUACUCAGCAGGAAGACAUUGAAACAGGAGACUCCCAGGCUGAAGAGGAGCUAGAUGUUGAAGAAGUGGAAGUUGAGCCCAAGGAAGGCUCCCGAGAUGCUCCUGCUUCACCCCAGAGAGAAGAAAUCCUGCUCACUAACUACAAAACAGAGACAUGUGAUGAUUACAGAGAUGAAACAACAAUUGAUGACUCCAUCAUGGACACAGACAGUCUCUGGGCAGACACUCAAGAUGAUGAUAGGAGCAUCAUGACUGAACAGUUAGAGACUGUUCCUAAAGAGGAGAAAGCAGAGAGAGAAUUGCGAAGAUCAUCUCUUGAUAAGCAUAAAAAAGAGAAACCUUUUAAAACUGGGAGAGGCAGGAUUUCUACUCCUGAAAGGAAAAUAGCUAAAAAGGAACCUAGCACACUCUCCAGAGAUGAAGUGAGAAGGAAAAAAGCAGUGUAUAAGAAAGCUGAACUUGCUAAAAAAACUGAAGUUCAGGCCCACUCUCCCUCCAGGAAAAUAAUUUUAAAACCUGCUAUCAAAUAUACUAGACCAACUCAUCUCUCCUGUGUUAAACGGAAGCAGACAGCAGCAGGUGGUGAAACAAACCAGGCUCCUGCUGUAUUUAAACAAGCAAAGGAAAAACUCUCAGAUGGAGUAAGCAAGAGCCCCGAGAAGCGCUCAUCUCUACCAAGGCCUUCCUCCAUCCUUCCUCCUCGACGAGGUGUAUCAGGAGACCGAGACAGAGAGGAGAACUCCCUCUCCCUCACAACCUCUCUUUCCUCUUCAGUACGACGGACUACCCGAUCAGAGCCAAUUCGUAGCAGAACGGGAAAAAGUGGAACUUCUACCCCCACUACUCCUGGCUCCACUGCCAUCACUCCAGGGACACCACCAAGCUAUGCCUCCCGUACCCCAGGCACUCCAGGGACACCCAGUUACUCCAGAACUCCCCACACUCCUGGGACCCCCAAAUCUGCAAUACUGGUACCUACUGAGAAAAAAGUUGCCAUAAUUCGCACUCCUCCUAAAUCUCCAGCCACUCCAAAGCAGCUACGAGUUAUUAAUCAGCCUCUCCCUGACCUCAAGAAUGUCAGGUCCAAAAUUGGGUCAACAGAUAAUAUCAAAUACCAGCCUAAAGGAGGGCAGGUUAGGAUUUUAAACAAGAAGAUCGAUUUUAGCGAUAUUCAGUCCCGGUGUGGUUCCAGAGAUAACAUCAAACAUUCUGCAGGGGGAGGAAAUGUACAAAUUGUAACCAAGAAGAUAGACUUGAGUCAUGUGACUUCCAAGUGUGGCUCACUCAAGAAUAUCCACCACAAACCAGGAGGUGGGCGUGUGAAAAUUGAGAGUGUGAAACUGGAUUUCAAAGAAAAGGCUCAGGCUAAAGUUGGUUCACUGGAAAAUGCCCACCACGUACCUGGUGGUGGUAAUGUCAAGAUUGACAGCCAGAAGCUGAACUUCAGAGAGCACGCCAAGGCCCGUGUUGAUCACGGGGCUGAGAUCAUCACGCAGUCACCAGGCAGGUCCAGCAUGGCCUCGCCGCGCAGGCUCAGCAACGUCUCGUCCUCUGGAAGCAUCAACCUGCUUGAAUCUCCCCAGCUUGCUACCCUUGCUGAAGAUGUCACGGCAGCCCUUGCCAAGCAGGGCUUAUGAAUUUGCUCAUUCUGCGUUGUAUGAAGUAAUAAUAUUUAGGCAUGAGCUCUUGGCAGGAAUGGGCUCAGAGCAGGUGUUACGUUCAUUCUUUACCAUGUCUAAAACUAAGUUACAUCCCAAGACUUGUAGUUACCAUACAGUUAAAAAAAAAAACAAAAAAAAAACAGGGAAAAAAAAAUCCAUAGAUGCAGAAAUUGGCCUGACCUCCAUUUACAACAGGAAGACACUGGCUUUAUAUGGGUAUACAGCGGUAUGUUACAUUGGACAAUUCUUGUUGCUCUGCUCUGUCUUGCAUGGAGUACUUGUAGUAUGAUAAAAUAGAUUUUUUACCUUUCAUGUGCCUGAAGGCCAUCCACCUCUUUCUGAAGAGCCUUGUUAAUACCCCAAGUUGCUCAUUUCACAGUUCUUUUGAUAGAUGGGGAAAUAAAAAAGAAAAGUUGCCCAUUUUAAGUUAUUACAGGUUAAGUUAACAGUCUGCUUACCAGAAGGAAGGGCAUCUAGGGAAAUUCAACUUUAAUAAAAAAUAAUAUGUUACUUUGUAUAAAUGAGUAGAACAAAAGUUGAGUUAAGUUAUUAACAUUUUUUGAACCUGAUUAAUUAUGUCAGUGUAUAGCUGAAAAGCCAAUAAAUUAUUUAACUAAUAACUAAAAAUACUAGCUGAAAACAUUUGAAUCGUGCUUUGGGAAGGGACAUAAAAAAGCUGCUGAAAGCAAGCACUCACACCCCCAACAGACUUGUGUCUGAUUAGAAAGGUUGGUUAAGCAGCUAGAUCUGUGUGCAUACCUCCAGUUUCUCAUUCUUUCCAUCUGUUUGAUACAGUAUUAUAUAGAGAUAUAUAUAUUUCUCCGUGGCCAUUUGUGAUACGCCCUCCUCAUAUACUUGAAUAUUCUACUUCUUUAUUCACAGUAUCUGUGUCUCUUGCACCCUUUGGUGUUGCAAUUUUAGGUAUGUAAAAGUAGAUGUUAGCAGGGGUUUUUUUCCCUAUUCAUAAGAAUACAUUUUAAAAAGAUGAAAAUUGUAGCAUGAAGUUGCUUUCUGUAACAACUAAAAGCCGUGACCCUGUUUUAGUGACAGAUGCAAGUCUAUUCUGUGAUGCUAGAAAAAGGAUUCCUUCCUUCCUCCCUUCCCUCCCCUUCGUCACAACGAAGUGAUUUUUGUGGGGUCCAGAUGUUUGUAAAAGGGUCUCCAAAGAAGGCUGAGUUUGGAUUAUGGAUUUUUAAAAAAUCCAAAGUAGUUUGCUUCCUUCCUUCCUUCCUUCCCCCCUUCCUUUCCUUCCCCCUUCAUCUUUUUUUUUCAUUCCCAUAGUAACAAUGAAUGUUUGAUUUAUUGUUUUGGGUUUUUUUUUGCUAAAGUUGAAACACAGAAAAAAUAUUAAGAUGUUGUUUCCACUCUUUUAGUGAUGUCUCACAUGUACACUCAGGCACUCAGAUAACAGUUAGUCAUAGCAGAGAUGCCUGUAAAUGACGUGAAUAAAUAAAAGUGAGCUCUCUAGACUGGUUGUCAUAGUGUUUCAUCAAUUAAAUAGGGCAUCUUAAAAUUUGAGCAAAGUAGGAUUAUAUUGACUAUAAAAAGUAAAAGAAAAAGCGUGCAUGAAAGAUAAAAGGCACAGACACAACCAGCCGAUCUAGUGGAGUUACCUGAGAGAACACUGCUGAUGGGGACAAUCCUCAGCAACAGAUAAUCACCUGCUGAUGCCCUAUGUACAUGAGACAUUAUGAAAUGACCAGUUUACAUUCUUGCAGAUUGUUUUAUCUUUUCCUUUUGAAACCUUGUAACUAAACUUUGCACUGUCAGUUGAGCUAUACUUGAUAUAUGUAUUAGGUUAAUGAUGUGUUUUGGAAACUUUUGAUCCGUUCUUUUUCCUUCUUAAUUUUUGUGUGUGUGUGUGUGUUGGGGUUUGGUCUGAAAAGACUCACAGAGAUUUUUAUGUCUGUGGAGAUUUUAAUAAUUAAUGGCACAGGAUUCCCCAUCAUUACAUUCGGGCAGUAUGAAUAGUUACUGGACAGUAAAUAUUCAAUGGACCAAAGUGGGGUUUUGGCUAAGCUGCUACAGCAGUACAAACACAAAACAGAGUGGUUAAAUCUCUCAAACUUCUACUGAAUAUGAACUUCUGACAGCCCCACACGUGACACUUCAGCUCUGCAAAAAGCUUUUUCACACAAUGAAGUACCUAACACUGUUUGUAAGUCAGUUGUUUCAUACAAAGGACAGUGAGUUUAGAACCAUCCAAAGUGCAAUUGGAGGAGUCUGAUUUCUGCCUUGUCUUUGUUACACUUCUGCUUAUAGUAAUCCUAAGAAAUCACAUGGAAACAGCAUCAAGUGACGUGCAUUAAAAACUUCUUCCCAUUUUUUCAGAAAAACAGACAGAAAGGAAAACUGACAGUAUUUGUAUCACAUUGCUCUGAUUACGCUAUGAAUUAAUAUAAAUUAGCCUUGCAGUGGUUUUUUCUUUCUAUGCCUUUUGCCAGUGUAGGAGAAAAACUAUGGUACUACUGAACCUCUGCUCUCUGAACCUGAGCAGCAUCUCAUGGGAACAGUGUUAACCUGUGACUCCAGUGUUUUUAUUCUGCUUUUAAAAUUGGCAUACUCUAGAAGAUUGAGCUUAGUUAAUCCACCUAUGAGUCCAGAAUUAGAGUGGUGUAACACACCAAGUCAUUUAUUUUGUGCAUUCAAAUGAGCUUUCUUGUUUUGGCUGAAGCAAAGACCUUUGUAAUCAUUAUCAUCCUUCCAUAGAAAGAAUCCUAGAAUGCUGUGGAGUUAGAUGAAAAGAAAUUAAGAGUUUUGUGCUUUUAAAUAAUAAUUAAAAACCAAGUUGUUACAUGACUCUAGAUGUUCACCAAAAAGCUCAUAUUAAUCUUAACUUUCUCAAGAAGAGUGUUCGUUUUAAAAACAACAGUCUGUAAAUAUGUAAUGCCCACGAAAGAAGAUAGAGCCAGCUUCCUGGAAACUGCAUCUGUUGUGUUUCUUUUCCACAGGCAUGUUGAGCCAGCAGGUUUGUUGGGUGCCUGAGACCCAAUUCUGUAACAAAGCAGAGAUAAUCCAGACAAAAGGAAUGGUGAAACCUUGUUUGGGUACCUAGGGGAGCACCCCAAAUUUAAUAAUCCAUCGGGUUGUAGAGAUGAAAGAGUGCUUCUGCCUCAUCUGCAGUUUUGUUUCUAUGUAACCACAAGCUGAAAGAAAUCAAAGUUGAGCUAACCUCUAUCCAGCAAGAGUAAAGGAAAAACUAAUCCUGAUGAGGGAAAUUAUGAGCCCACAAGGGCAAUAUAUAUUUUCACUGUACAGCAGUAAAUGGAAUUAUUAAUUCAGGCCUCUGCUAUGGUACAGUAGUAACCUCAUCAUGACUGCUCACACAUCUAAGUUUGCCUAAAUACAUGACUCAAAGGGAGUCAAAAGGUAGCCUGUGUCGACUACCACAUGAGCAGAAGUUUUUUCCAUGCUGGACUAAAUACUGUUUGAAACCCAAGUACAUGUCCCUUCAAAGGCAAAUGCCUUGAAGAGUAGAUCACAUUAACUAUGAAAAUCAGCGCAGGUAGGGUUCUAGCCUAGGUGUCUGUGAGUUCACUCGCUAGUCAGAUUGCUAAAGCAACUCCCUCUGCAACUCCAGCAAUUCCCACUGCAGGAAGGUAAAUCAGUUUCACACUGGGAAAAGUCAAGCAUAUAAAAGCCACUUCAACUUUAGCAAAGAGAAAAAGCCAACAAGUAAACAUGCUGUAUGCUGGGAUAUCAAGGAAUACAGUCUGCUGUUACAAACCUGUGUUUUUUCUGAUAAUUCUAGAGCCUGUUACCAUAAAAGAGGCAUUUCUUGAAUGGCUGGUGGUAGGUAGUUCAUGUUUUUCAAUCCAAUUUGCAAUUGUAUUUGUUGCUGUAUAGUGAUUGUUUUGCAAAAUAAACUCGCUUGUCAUCUAA